CUGACAGCACCCAGACCUGGGGCCAGACCCCGGGCACUGGGACGGAUCUGGAGAUAGGCUACACCACCCUGCUCUGACCCUGGGAUUGGCACCAGCUUCCAACCAGUAACCGGCAAAGCCUGUCCUUGCAAUGGACAGGAACGUUACAUCUGCGGCAGCACCCUCCUCAGGAGGCGCCAUGUUCAUCUCUCUGCUGACUAUCGUCCUCCUGUCAGUGGCUCUGGUUGUGGGGCUCCCUGGCAACAGCUUUGUGGUGUGGAGCAUCCUGGUAAAGAUGAGAAAGCGCUCUGUCACUGCACUGCUGGUGCUGAAUUUGGCCGUGGCAGACUUGGCCGUGCUGCUCACGGCCCCCUUUUUUCUCCACUCUGUGGCCGGAGGUACCUGGAUUUUUGGAGUGGCUGGCUGCCGCUUGUUCCACUAUGUUUGCGGAGUCAGCAUGUAUGCCAGCGUCCUGCUAAUCACGGUCAUGAGUCUGGACCGCUCGCUGGCGGUGGCCCGCCCCUUUGUGUCCCAGAAGCUGCGCACCAAGGCGAUUGCCUGCCGGGUGCUGGUAGGUAUCUGGCUGAUGUCGGUUCUGCUGGCCACACCUGUCAUCGUGUACCGCACCGUGUUACAGAAAAACAGGAGUCUGGUCUGCUUCCCGAAAUACCCCAGUGAAAGACACAUGGCCUUCCAUCUGCUCUUCGAGGCCCUCACCGGCUUCCUGCUGCCCUUCCUGGUGGUGGUGGCCAGCUACUCCGACAUCGGGCGCAGGCUGCAGGCCCGGCGUUUCCAGCGCAGCCGCCGCACCGGCCGCCUGGUGGCGCUCAUCAUCCUGGCCUUCGCCGCCUUCUGGCUGCCCUACCACGUGGUGAACCUGGCGGAGGCCGGCAGGGCGCUGGCCGGCAAGGUCGCCGGGUCCGGGCCCGUGGGGCAGCGGCUACGCCUGGCCCGCUAUGUGUUCAUCGCCCUGGCCUUUCUGAGCAGCAGCGUAAACCCCGUGCUGUACGCGUGCACUGGCGGCAGCCUGCUGCGCUCGGCGGGCAUGGGUUUCGUUGCCAAACUGUUGGAGGCCACCGGCUCUGAGGUGUGCAGCACCCGACGCGGGGGCACCCUGGGCCAGACACUGAAGGGCUCCCCUGCCUCUCCAGAGCCUGGACCCACCGAGAGCCUCACUGCCUCCACGAACCCUCUGGAAUAAAGAGAACUGAACCAGGCCUGGGGGGUGGUGGUGGAAGGACGCUGGUUUUCCUCCUGGCAGAAUGCCCUCAUGCUGGCCUGACCCAAAUCUUCACCUCGAGAAGGUGCGUGGGGGUGGACCGGAAGAAGAGGGAGGGGAAGGGCAAGUAAGGGCUGAGUCAGAGCCUGGAUCCCCUGGGCAGCUUUGCAAUUAAAACUGAAGUCUGAAAUUGGGUCAAUGCUGUGUGUGGAAUGUGUGUAUUAUGGGGGUGCUCCUGGGUGCCUUUAUGGGGGUCCCUCUCAAUAGUUAAGAGGCACAUCCUUUAGUUUCCCACGAUUUUCAGUUUUGGAAGGGACACAAAGACAGACAUAGAAAUCAGACUUGCACCUCCCUCCCCCAUUCUGAGGCAGGUGGCCUGCUGAUCAUACUUAGAACAACACAGGUCUGCAGACUCCUG